AUGGCCGAUCCUAUCAUGGACCUCUUUGAGGACACACCUCUGUUCAACCUGGACGCCUUACCAGAUGACUCCUUCACUCAAGGUUCCACAGACCCUGUGGAGGAGGCCCUGAAGCUUGCGCUAGGCCAAGUUGACCCAUCCACAGAGUCAGAACCGACUCCAGAACUCACAGUCAACACUGGUCUGAGUUUACCUGCAGCCGCUCCUGUCAUCCCAGACCCUGUUGCUAUCCAAAUCCCUGCUUCUCAAACUGUCUCAAUAGCGCCUGCUCAGACUAUCUCUAUAGCACCAGCUCAUACUGUUGCGCAAUCUGCAGUGGAAACAGUUCAGCAGAUUCAGACUUCUAUUGCAAACAGUAUGCUGUUGAGUUCUCCUCUGACUGUUUCUACUGCUCAAACUGCUACCACUGCCACAUCCCAGCAGCUAACUCAGAUCACGCACCAGCUCACACCGCAGCAGCUCGCUGCCAUCACACAACAGGCUGGUGGGAAAAUAGUGAUCCUCAAAGGGCCCCAGGGUCAAGCUCAGGUGCUGCAGACUGUCUCUGGAGCUGCAGGGCAAGCUGGUGGAAAGGUCAUUCGACUGUUGUCUGGGACACAACUUAAACAGGGCAUGUCCAUCUUACAAAGUGGAGCAGUCUUGAAUCAGGCAAAUCCAGGACAGGCUCAAGUUAAACAGGUGCAGCAGACACAGGGGCAGUCUGUUCAGGUCUCACAGGUGCAGACGCUCCAGGUGCAGCCACAGGUUCAGACUCAAGUCCAGACUACUCAAAUCCAAGUCCAGCCUCAGGUUCAGACCCAAGUGCAGCUCCAGCCCGCAAUGCAGCCCCAAACCCCGGGAAGUGAAGCAAAGCGCAUCACACUUGUCCUCCAGCAGCCUUCCCAGACGACCACAUCUGCCACAGCAGGGCAGCAGGCCGUGACCCAGGUACAAGUGGCUCAACAAGGGCAGCAGCCCCAGACUCCCACAAGACUGGUGUUGGGGCAGCUCCCUGGAGGAAAACUGGUGCUGCAAGGCAGCCAGCUCGCGGCACUUACCCAGGCACGGGCAGCCGGGCAGACUGGAGGACAACAACCAAAAGUCCUCACCAUUCAGCUACAAGUGCAGCAGCAGCCUAACCAACAGGGGGGGGUUAAGUAUCAGCUGGUUACUGGAACUGGUAAUACUGGCAGUCCUCAAGUGUUGCAGAUUUCACAGGGCCAGGGGGGGCAGAGGGUUGCACUGCCUCUCAAAAUGCUUCUGCAGCCUCAGGUGAGCUCUGCAUCGUCUGCAGGCGGCACUGUUUCUGUUGUGAAGGUAAUCAACACCUCUGCUGCUGGGACCUCCACCACAACCACGUCUCCAUCACAGGCCAUUCGCAUCACGAAGGCAGGUGGUGAGACUGCCUCUGUGCGGCGGGUGGAAAUCUUGUGCAAGCAAGAAAAGGCUAAUCGAAUCGUAGCUGAAGCUAUCGCUCGGGCCAAAGCACGUGAAAUAGGCGGCACUGUGACCGUUGUCACUACUCCAAAGAAAAAGAGCAGUGGAGGAGGCAGCAAGAAGAAAACUCCUCUAGGUUCUACGCCCAAAAUGGGAGGUGUUUGUGAUAAAAAAGGAAAAGUGAAAACACCUGGAGGAACCAUCACAGUAGUUGGGGGCACAGUAAUGACAGCAUCUGGAAACAAGAGCAAGAGCAAGACUAAACCAAACACAAUUACACUUGUAGGUGCAAAGAAAAGAAAACGAAAUGCAUCUUCUGACCACUCUGAUGGAGAGCUCAGCCCACCCUCACCGGCUAUGCUUGAGGACGACUUGAUUAUGAAGAGACGAUCUAAUAGAGUAGUAAAAAGAAAGAAAUACACAGAAGACCUGGACAUUAAGAUCACCGAUGAUGAGGAUGAGCAGGAGGACGUUGACGUGACGACGACUGCUGCAGCCGUGGCCUCCAUCAGCGGAGCGCCUCCUGUUCACAUCCCUCAAGAGGUGGAGCUGGAUGGUGAUGGGUUACCCAGCAUGCAGUUCUUUGUGGAAAAUCCUAGUGAGGAAGAUGCUGCUAUUAUUGACAAAAUAUUGUCUGUGAGGUCAACUAAAAAGGAGAUUUGCCCUGGCCAGUACACCAAUGUAGAAGAAUUCUUUGUAAAAUAUAAAAAUUAUUCAUAUCUACAUUGUGAGUGGGCCUCUAUGGAGCAGUUGGAAAAAGAUAAAAGAAUAACACAGAAGAUAAAAAGGUUUAGGGCAAAACAAGCACAAAUGAGGCACAUUUUCCAGGAGGAGGAGGAAGCUUUUAAUCCUGACUAUGUGGAGGUGGACCGCAUACUGGAUGUAUCCCAUAGUGUGGACAAAGACAAUGGCGAGCCUGUUAUUUAUUAUUUAGUGAAGUGGUGCUCCCUCCCUUAUGAAGAUGCCACCUGGGAGCUUAAAGAAGAUGUGGAUGAGGGAAAAGUUGAGGAAUUCAAAAAGAUUAAAAGCAGACAGCCUCGUCUGAAAAGAAUGGCCAGACCACCUGCUGCUUCGUGGAAGAAAUUGGAAGAUACUAGAGAAUAUAAAAAUGGCAAUAUUCUCAGAGAGUAUCAGCUAGAAGGAGUUAACUGGUUGCUCUUCAAUUGGUACAACAGACAAAACUGCAUUUUGGCGGAUGAGAUGGGUCUCGGGAAGACCAUUCAGUCCAUUGCACUACUGUCUGAGAUAUACAAUGCUGGAAUCCAAAGCCCCUUUCUCGUCAUUGCUCCACUUUCAACCAUCACCAACUGGGAAAGGGAGUUCUCCACAUGGACCGACAUGAACGCUAUCGUCUACCAUGGGAGUUUGGCCAGCAGGCAGAUGAUCCAGCAGUAUGAGAUGUACUGCAAGGACGAUAAGGAGCAUUUGAUUCCUGGUGCCUACAAGUUUGAUGCUCUCAUCACCACCUUUGAAAUGGUGUUGUCCGACUGUCCUGAGCUGAGGGAGAUCUCCUGGCGGUGUGUCAUUAUUGAUGAAGCCCAUCGUCUGAAGAAUCGCAACUGCAAACUACUUGACAGUUUGAAAAUGCUUGACUUGGAGCACAAGGUUUUAUUGACCGGCACCCCUCUUCAGAACACGGUUGAAGAACUGUUCAGUCUCCUGCACUUCCUUGAACCGGCUCAGUUCCCAUCAGAGUUCGAGUUCCUUCGAGAAUUUGGGGAUCUCAAAACAGAGGAGCAGGUUCAGAAACUACAAGCCAUUCUCAAACCAAUGAUGUUGCGAAGGCUUAAGGAGGAUGUCGAAAAGAAUUUGGCUCCAAAACAGGAGACAAUAAUUGAGGUUGAGUUGACAGAUGUUCAGAAAAAAUACUAUCGGGCAAUCCUCGAGAGAAACUUCAGUUUUCUCAGUUUAGGAGCGAGUAGUAACAGCAACGUCCCCAAUCUGCUCAACACAAUGAUGGAGCUGCGGAAGUGCUGCAACCACCCCUACCUCAUCACUGGCGCAGAAGAAAAGAUCAUAGCAGAGUUACGAGAGGUGUAUGAUCCCAGUACCCCUGACUUCCAUUUGCAAGCCUUGAUUCGUUCGGCAGGAAAGCUGGUGCUACUUGACAAACUGCUGCCACGUCUUAAAGCUGGGGGCCACAAAGUUCUCAUCUUUUCUCAGAUGGUGCGCUGCCUUGACAUUUUGGAGGACUACCUCAUCAACAAAAGGUAUCUUUAUGAACGCAUCGAUGGUAGAGUACGUGGGAACUUGCGCCAGGCUGCUAUUGACCGCUUCAGUAAACCCGACUCAGAUCGCUUUGUCUUCCUGCUGUGUACCCGUGCUGGAGGCCUGGGUAUUAACCUCACUGCUGCUGACACUUGUGUCAUCUUUGACUCUGACUGGAACCCUCAGAAUGACCUGCAGGCACAAGCCAGAUGUCAUCGUAUUGGCCAGUCCAAGGCAGUCAAAGUGUAUCGCCUUAUCACCAGAAACUCUUAUGAAAGGGAAAUGUUGGAUAAAGCCAGUCUGAAACUCGGCCUUGAUCGCGCUGUUCUGCAAAGCAUGAGUGGGAACAAAGACACAAGUGUUAAUGGGAUCCAGCAGUUUUCUAAGAAGGAGAUAGAGGAUCUGUUGAGGAAAGGUGCUUAUGCUGCUAUUAUGGAUGAAAAUGAUGAAGGCAGUCGCUUCUGUGAGGAAGAUAUCGACCAGAUCCUUCAACGCAGAGCUACUACCAUCACCAUCGAGAGCGAAGGAAAGGGCUCCACAUUCUCAAAGGCAAGCUUUGUGGCUUCAGAAAACCGCACAGACAUCUCUCUGGACGACCCAGAGUUCUGGCAAAAGUGGGCAAAGAAAGCAGACAUAGAUAUGGACUCCAUGAACCGAAAGAAUACUCUUGUAAUUGAUACUCCACGAGUUCGCAAACAAACUCGACAGUUUUCUUUGAGAGGGGAAGGUGAUGCGUCAGAACUAGAUAGUGAUGAGGAAUAUCCACCAGCAAAUUCUCGACAGUCACGAGCUUCGAGACGGGCGGAGCGCCACAGCGGAGGAGGAUACGGCCGCACAGACUGCUUCAGAGUCGAGAAACACCUCCUCGUCUAUGGCUGGGGGCGCUGGCGGGACAUCCUCUCCCAUGCGCGCUGUAAAAGGCGGCUGAGUGAACGAGACGUGGAGACCAUCUGCCGUGUCAUCCUCGUGUUUUGUCUCAUCCAUUAUCGUGGCGAUGAAAACAUCAAAAGUUUUAUCUGGGAACUUAUCACACCCCCAGAAAAUGGACGGGAACCUCAAACUUUACUGAACCAUUCUGGUUUGUCUAUUCCUGUGCCACGAGGGAGGAAAGGAAAGCGGGUUAAGGCUCAGAGUACUUUUGAUGUUCAGAAAGUUGAAUGGAUCAGAAAGUACAAUCCUGACACUUUACUGCUGGAUGACAGCUAUCGCAAACACCUCAAGCAUCAGUGCAACAAGGUGCUGUUGAGGGUGCGUAUGCUUUAUUACCUAAAGCAGGAAGUGAUUGGCGAGCAUUCCGAUGUAGUCCUCAAAGGAGCGGACAUCAGAGAUUUGGACAUCUGGAUGCCAGAAAUGGAGCAAACAGAGGUUCCCUCAGCCUGGUGGGACUUGGAGUCAGACCGCUCACUGCUUGCGGGUGUAUUUAAACAUGGUUAUGAGAUGUAUACGACCAUGAGGGCUGAUCCCUGCCUCUGUUUCUUGGAGCGAGUGGGUCGUCCGGACGAUAAAGCAAUCGAUGCUGAGCAACACACUGGCGAUGCAGAACUUGGCGAUGAUGCUGACUUUGACAAGUAUUCAGAAGACCCAGAGUUUAAACCGGCAUCCAGACUACCCAAAGACAUCUAUGAUGAGCCGGAUUCUAUGAACGUAGAAGAUGAGAUUUCUGUGGAUGACAAAGCGACGCCUGUUACCUCAGAUUCAGCUCCUGCUCAGAGUGGUCCCUGUCAGUGGCCUUCGAGUUCAUUACUAACGGCACGACUGCGAAAGCUGAUCACGGCGUAUCAGCGCAGCUACAGACAAGAGCAGCUGAAGAUGGAAGCUGAGGCCAAAGGCGACCGCAGACGAAGAAGAUGUGAGCAAGCGAGCAAACUCAAGGAGAUAGCGCGACAGGAACGGCAGCAAAGAUGGACACGCAGAGAAGAAUGUGAUUUCUAUCGCGUGGUGUCUACUUUUGGAGUUGAGAAGAUGAAGAAGGAGCCAGGCUUCGAGACCAUAGGAGCUGAAUUUGACUGGACUCGCUUCCGCACGUUUGCACGUUUAGACAAAAAAACUGAUGAGAGUCUGAGCAGAUACUUCAAGUCAUUUGUUGGAAUGUGUAGAAAAGUCUGUCACUUGCAUCCAGCUCAUGCAGAAGAUCCAGCAGCGCCGUCUGUAGCUGUAGCUCCAAUCACAGAGGAGCGUGCUUCCCGUACCCUGUACCGCAUUAGCCUUCUGCGCCGCCUCAGAGAGCGUGUCCUGCCCCACCCGUCUCUGGAAGAGCAUCUGGCCAUGGCUCCUCCCAGUGCGGAGCUCCCCGCCUGGUGGAGCACCCCGGAGCACGACCGUCAGCUGAUGCUGGGUGCAUCGCUGCACGGCGUCAGCCGCACAGAGCUCUCCAUAUUUGCAGACACACAGUUCACUUUCACUCGAGCUCGAGACGAGUUUGUCCUAAAUCAGCAAGCGCCUCCUCCCCUUCCUCUACAGCCCCAGAGCUUAAUGCCUCUUGGGCCAAAGUCCGAAGAUGAACUCCCAACGUUGAAGGAAGAGGGACCUGAGCACCAGCUGCUCGGAGCGGAACUCACAAACACUCCUCUGAGCCACAGUGUGAAGCCUGGAGACCAGAGCUGGGGCUUCAAGAGGAGCAAGGUGAAAUCUAGCCGCAGGAAAGAAGGAGGUUCUGACACAGACUCGGACUCUGACUCGGGCUCAUCGUCGUCUGAUCGCUCUGGCAGCAGUGACGACAGUGGAGACAGCGACGACGAGGGAGAUGGAGCAGGCAUUAAAAUGAGUGAUGAAAAUAGUUUACUUUCAAUCACUCAGUCUCAAGAUGGUAAUCCCCCUCCUGUCAGAGUUGAGUGGCCAAAGGACCGUGUGCUUAUCAAUAGACUGGAUAAUUUGUGUAAUCUGGUGCUGUCUGGUCAGUGGCCUUCAGGGCGGCGGUAUUUACCAGAAGUCCAGUUGAACCCCACCUCUGACUUUGGAAGUGAUGAAAUGUCCUAUACAAGGUUAAUGCGUAAACCUCUUCAGCUGGUCCCAGGAGCUGAGGGAGAGGAUGGAGAGUUCACAGUCAAACUUCUCAAGGAGGAGGGAUUGAAGCUAACCUUCUCUAAGCAGGCACUUAUGCCCAAUGGCUCAGCGGGAGAGAGCAGUCGCAAGAAACGCAAGGAUCUCGAGUUUUCAGAUCCAGAGGAUUCACUGGAGCGGACUCCUCGUCGUAGAGACCCUCCCACAUGGCUGAAGGAGAACCCAGAGUAUGAAGUCGAGGGAGACAUGCUGGAGCUUCUAGUGAACAGGAGCAAACGGAAACGAAGGCGGAAGAUCAACAAAGUGUUGACCGGUACAGAGAAGGUCAAACUGAUCAACAUGAGAACAGGGAAAAAGGUUGCUGCACCUUUCUGUCCAAUGAUGCAAGACUUGAGAGAAUAUCUGGAGGAAAACAUGGAUAAUGCUGUGGCCCCGGAUUGGUCUGAAAUUGUGCGCAAGUCUGGUUUCCUGCCUGAACAUCUAUUCCACCGUCUUCUAAAUGAGGAUUCAGAAAUUCCCAAAAAGAUCAAAAAGCGCCAUCACCACCACCACCACCACCACCACCACCACCACCACCUGCUCCAGCACAGCACAGACCCUGCCGUCGAAGAGCCAAGCCUGGACGGCGUGGAGGAGACCCUGGUGUCGGACGGAGCGUACAUGAUGGAUGAGGAGGAGCUGGAGACCUCCCAUCACUUCCUCACCAGUCCAGACUUUGACAUGAAAAUGGAAGGCGCGGACAGCCUUUCGCAGGACUAUGAUAGCUCUGAUCAAGAAGCGCUUUUGGAAGACGUUAUUUUGGCCCAGAAAGAUACGGACUCCUCAUCCAGUUCAGAAGAUUGA